CUGUCAAGGCACAUAUUUGACAGGCUACAGCGAGACCAGCUCGCACUCCAGCUCAGCGUUCAGUUCAGCACAGACGCUCGUCACCUCUCUCAGUCCAGUGUUCGGUGCGACCACCCGUAAACUAACGCAGCCAUGGAUGCCAUUAAGAAGAAGAUGCAGAUGCUCAAGCUGGACAAGGAGAAUGCCUUGGACAGAGCAGAGCAGGCUGAGGCCGAUAAGAAGGGAGCAGAGGACAGAAGCAAGCAGCUCGAGGAUGACCUGGUCGCCCUGCAGAAGAAGCUGAAAGGCACUGAGGAUGAGUUGGACAAAUACUCAGAGGCCCUGAAGGAUGCUCAGGAAAAACUGGAACUUGCCGAGAAGAAAGCUACCGAUGCUGAGGGCGAUGUGGCUUCCCUGAACAGACGUAUCCAGCUGGUUGAGGAGGAAUUGGAUCGCGCUCAGGAGCGUCUGGCCACUGCUCUGCAGAAGCUGGAGGAGGCUGAGAAGGCUGCUGAUGAGAGUGAGAGAGGCAUGAAGGUCAUUGAGAAUAGGGCCCUGAAGGAUGAAGAGAAGAUGGAGCUGCAGGAGAUCCAGUUGAAGGAGGCCAAGCACAUUGCUGAGGAGGCUGAUCGCAAGUAUGAGGAGGUGGCCCGUAAGCUGGUGAUUGUUGAGGGUGAGCUGGAGCGUACAGAGGAGCGUGCUGAGCUCAAUGAGAGUAAGUGCUCUGAGCUGGAGGAGGAGCUGAAAACUGUGACCAACAACAUGAAGUCUCUGGAGGCCCAGGCUGAGAAGUACUCCCAGAAGGAGGACAAGUAUGAGGAGGAGAUCAAGGUCCUGACUGACAAACUGAAGGAGGCUGAGACUCGUGCUGAGUUUGCUGAGAGAUCAGUCGCCAAGCUUGAGAAGACCAUUGAUGAUCUGGAGGAUGAGUUGUAUGCCCAGAAACUCAAGUACAAAGCCAUCAGCGAGGAGCUGGACCACGCUCUCAACGACAUGACCUCCAUCUAAAUUUUUUACAUCUGAUCUCUGGCUCCGGGCACCAUUUCUCUCCGUUGCCGCUUUUCUCCAUCACGCUCAUUCUCAGUGGGGGCGGAGCACUCUGCUCUACAGUCCCAUCACUUGUACAGAAAUUUGUUGCUUUCUGUAAAAUAAAACUUCCUCAUAUCUG